ACCUAUUCAAUGUCUCGCGACGCGCCCUCCCCAGCGCAUUUCCCCCGCCCAGUCGCGCAAAUACGCCGGUGCGACGGCUGCACGCUUACCGUUCUGUACGAGUCCACCAUCCUCGCGCACGUCGCGCGCAACGACAUGUGUCGGGAACCUGGUCCGGAGCGCCUGCGCGUGUUGCGCGCGUUCGAGGAGCGGGAGGACGUGCAGAUGAUUCGGGAGACCAAGUCGAGCAGAGAGACACUGAGAGAGAUGAAUCGUGAAUUGUACAGCUUGUUCAGGGAGAUGGCCAAAGAAGAGGAAAUGGCCAGACGGUUGAAACUGUAUUCUCUGCAGUAG